AUGACUUCUCAGCGGUCUCUCCCUGCAGAUGACUUCGGUAUCUACUACCUUGCAGAGUGCACAGAUUACUAUGAUACCCUUCCAGUUAAGGAGGCUGAUGGGAACCAGCCCCGUUUUCAGGGCGUCACUGGCUUGCGGAACUUGGGCAACACAUGCUACAUGAAUGCCAUCUUACAGUGUCUCUGCAGCAUCUUGCCGCUGGUGGAAUACUUUCUCUCCGGGAAGUAUAUCACCGCUCUUCAAAAUGAUUGCAGUGAAGUUGCCACUGCUUUUGCCUACCUGAUGACAGACAUGUCGCUAGGAGACUCAGACUGUGUCUCACCAGAAAUAUUCCGGUCAGCUCUUGGCAACCUCUACCCAGCAUUUACGAAAAAGACGCAACAAGAUGCUCAGGAAUUCUUGAUUUAUGUCCUAAAUGAACUUCAUGAAGCUCUAAAAAAGGCUGCUCUGUCUGAAAUUAAUAUAGCUACUCCCACUUUCUUAGUGGUUGGAUGGUUUGACAUUCAGGGUACAACGAAAAGGCAGCUGAGAACGGAUAUUCAUUACCCACUCACUAACUUGGACCUCACUCCUUAUACUUGCUCAAUUUUCCGGAAAUAUCCUAAAUACAACCUCUGUGCAGUGGUGAACCAUUUUGGUGAUCUGGAUGGUGGCCACUACACUGCUUUCUGCAAGAAUUCAGUCACCCAGGCCUGGUAUAGCUUUGAUGACACACGAGUCAGUGAGAUUCCAGAUACUUCUGUUCAAAAUGCUACAGCGUAUCUCCUGUUCUAUAGCUACCAGCCCUUUUCCAUACCAAUACAAAAGCGUUAAGAGCCAGGAAAAUGGUGUUUCCUGAACACUGCAAAACAAGCAAUCAGCAUGGGUCUUGGUUCACUGAAAGAGGCAGUGUGAAUAUAAUGCAAUGCUAAUG